UUAUUAUUAUUAUUAUUAUUAUUAAGGUACCUUCUAGAACUCAUUCAUUGUCUACGGUUUUGUUUAGGGUACGAUUUUGAAAAUCAAAUGAGAUACGGGAAUUUCGCAGCACUUGAUAUCUAAGAAGCGCGAACUGAGCUGUAGUCUUAUAUUUUACUUAUUUUAGUGUUUACAUAAAUUUUCUAGGGAGCGGCUUCCCAGGCAGUAAGCACAACUUGCUUCUUGACAAUAUACUCUGUUUAUUUCAUCUGACACCGGACUGAGAGCUUCAAAAUGAACUAAUGAAAGCAGGUCUUUAUCUAUACGGAGACUGACAUCAGAUUUAGUUCUCUGUUAUAUUAAAGAGUUGAUAAUAAUGCAAAUGAACUACGUCGAAUUUAAUAAUUUAGUAGCCACCAGCAGUCGAAUAUCAGUGCAAAUCAAAACAUAAUUUUCAUGCUAGCCAAAAGCAUCUCCAGCAUUUAAUAUGUCAGUAAGGUGCUCUUUAUAUACGGUUUUAGAAAGAAUGGCAAUAACAUCACGAAAUUAAUGUGAUUAUUGUAAUGAAACCACACUCCUGAAAUUACGGGAAUGUUAGUUUUGUGCCACAUGGAGAUAUGGGUAUCACGGAUUGUCAAUCUUCGUCAAUAUUCCAAUGAUUUGUUUACAUCAGCUAAGUACCUUCUUUCUGAGAACUCAUUAGAGCAGUUACGUUUGUAAUGCGCUCGGCAUUAGAGUUUUAUCCUUUUAAGCUUGUUGGGUAAAGUAAAUGUAGUCCGAUUUGUCAAAGUAAAAAUAUGGAUCUUGAAAAAAGCGAAGAGAAGUUGGCUUGCCUUGAGAUACCAGGUGAUGAGAACGAGACUUUAAAGGAACUGAACACGCAGAGACAAGCAGGACUAUUAUGCGACGUUAAUUUAAAAGUGGAUGGCGAGGAGUUUCCAGCUCAUAAAGGAGUUCUUGCGGCCAACAGCAGUUUCUUUUUAGCCAUGUUCACCACGGACAUGCUGGAAAAGGAUAAGGCUAGCGCUAGCUUGAGGAUUAUAAGUGCAGCAGCUAUGGAAAGCUUAUUGGAGUUCAUGUACACCGGACAGAUUCAAAUUCACGUCGAUAAUGUGUUUGAGUUGUUGGAAGCAUCUAGUUUUCUUUUUGUGGAAAAAGUAAAGAAAGCAUGUUGUCAAUUUCUAGAAAGUAUAAUCGAUAAGGAAAAUUGUUUUGAAAUUCUCUCCAUUGCUCAUGCUUUCUCAUGUAACGGUUUGAUUCAAAAAGUCAACCAAUAUGUAAACCGAAAGUUUAUUGAACUUGCCAAAACAGAGAGCUUUUUGAAGUUGCCAAAAGAAGAAAUUAUUAAGUUUCUAUCCAGUGACGACAUACAGAUUGACAACGAAGAGCAGCUCCUUGAAAUCAUAAACGAUUGGGUAAAUUAUGAUCUGGAAAUGAGAAAAGACUGGUUUACCCAGCUGUUAAAAUUAAUUAGAUUGCCUCACAUUCAAGAAAUGUUAGAUCAAAAGGAGCUCAAUGAGUUCAGGAUGGCUUCGAAAAUCAGACAAGCAGGCAAAGAGGUACUCUGGGCGCAACAAGCUGGAAAGUUUGCGUCAAGAAAAUCAUGUAGCGCAGUUGAUGUGAUUGUGGUGGCAGGUGGAUGUGAUAAUUCAGCAAUCCUGAACAGUGUGUGUUGUUACAUUCCUGCUGUGGAUAAAUGGACGGACUUGUCACAAAUGCAGCUUCCUCGAUGGAGGCUCCAAAUGGUGACUUUGGAAGACAAGCUUUUUGCCAUUGGCGGUCUCAGAGACGUUUGUGUGAGAGAUCCCGUGAUUCCUUUCGUGGAAAGGUUUAGCGGUCAAAGCAACUUAUGGGAUUCAAUUAAUUAUCAACCGUCAAUGCAUGAUGUUGAACUGGACUCAUUCUGCGCAGUUUCCACUGGCCCUAGUAGCCUACUUCUUGUGGGAGGACUUGAUCCAAAAGCUGAUAGAUGUACAUCCAGUGUCUUCAGUGUUGAGUUAAAAGAUGGCUCUUCAAGUGUUGUGUCUCUAGCAUCGUUGUCUUUUCCCAGGGCGGGCCACUGUGUGGUGUUACUAGGGAACAAAGUUUAUGCCAUUGGCGGAUUUCAAGCUCCACACCAACAUGCUAUCCCAGACAUGAUUGGAAGUGUUGAAGCCUACGACAUAGCUAAAGAUGUUUGGACUUGUGUUCAACCCAUGAAUGUCGGACGACAGUUCGCUGCAGUAGUGUCAUUGAAUGACAGCAUCUUCGUCUUUGGUGGAAGUGACGGACAGAAUGUACUUUGUUCGUGUGAAGUUUACUACCCAAAACUUAACACAUGGCAGCAUAUCUCCCCAAUGCAAUGUUCCAGAAUGAAGCAUUGUGCCGUGGUGCAUGCUGGUAAGGUUUAUGUUGCGGGUGGUGUGAGUAGCAACAGGCCAGGUCACGUCUUAAGGUCAGUGGAAUGUUACAUUCCCGAGGAGAACCGCUGGACAAGUGUGUGUGACAUGCCAACUGGAAGAUUUGACCAUCAGUGUUACGUUGUUAAGGUGGGCCUCAAGUUCAUCGCUUCAGUCAUGGAAAAAUCCAAAUGAUCAUUUUCAUUUAUAUUUCCCUUUUGUAAGUCAAUUCAGUUAGUGUAACUGUAACUUGUGGCUUGAACUAAAUAUGACCUGAACAUUUGCAUAUUUGAGCCAAACUUGAACGGGCCUCACAAUAUUGUAUUUCAAAACGGAAACGGUUUCUACUUCUUUUUUUGAAGAAUUGGACCAAUAACGACACUUAAAUUUAGCCGUAUUUUUUCACUGAGGUAGGCUUUCUUAUUACUGUAAAUCGAGAAGCUGUUUUCAUUACAAAGAUGAAACAAAGAAUAAAAGCAUUGUUUGUUAUGAUUUCUUCCUCAAAUGCAAUCUUUGUUUUCAAGAGGUCUGGAUUUCACGUAGUGGCAAUUCAUCGCCACCAUUUUUAUCGAGAAAUGCAUUCAAUGCUUGAACAAUAAAAGCUAUUUUGCUAUUUUGAGAAUAUGUUGUUGUUUGCUUUUGUUAUUCUAUCCAGAACUAAACCAUCGCUUCUGAGAGCCAAUGCCAUCAGGGCUCAAAUAACCAUUUAGUUUUUGACUAUGAAGAUAUGUCGAUAACAAAACAAACUUUAAUCUAGGUGAUAAGGAAAUCAGAAAACUAAAUUGCAGGUUACCAAUUGAAGGACAAAUUACAUGUGUUGUGAGUUUUGAUGAUCCACGUAGCUAGAGCUAAUUAAGCGGAUGACAUCCCCUA